AUGAUAUCUGAAAUACGAAUGAGAUUGCUUUUCAACAUGCUCUAUUUCUCAGACUUUGUAAACACUUUUAUUGCUUAUCAAUACUAUAAUUUAAGCUUGUUUUCAGGUAUUAACCAAUUGUUCUUUUUUGUCAUUAUGACUAUUUUAAAAAUUAUCUGUCCUGCUCUAGGAGGCUUUAUCAUAGAUCAUGUCUAAUACACUUUAAAUAUCUUCUUCAUAAGUUUAUUCUUGACGAUAUUUUCCUAUAUAUACUUUUUAGGAUAUUGUUGGAAGUUGAUAUAAGACUAUUUGUACUUUGCAAUAGGAUUUUAGAUAUUGGCAUAACAAUUACAGACUAUAAUAAUUCAGACUAUGAUUUCAAAGCAUUUUCCUGAAGAUAAAAUUCCUAGACAGUUGGCUUUAUUUUAUUAAUAUGGAUAUACUGGAAGGCUUCUUUGUGCCAUAAUAACUCUGAUCAUAUAUUAUAGAUUGGAAAAGUUGAAUAGUAUUUCCAUAAUAACUGGGGAGAUUUCAACACUGGUGAUGUCAUCAAUACCUUUGGUAAUUCUGUUGAGUCUCACAAUUUGUUUUUAACGCUCCUUUGCAACUUUUAAAGUUGAUGCCUUUUAAAAAAUACCAGAAUUGUAAUUGAUUCCCAUACAAUCUAAAGGAAACUUGUUGUAGGCUCUAAAGGAGAUUCUUAACACUGAUAGAGCAAUAAUCGCAAUAGCAGCAGGAUCAAUAAUGAGUAUCAUAUAGAUAUGGCAAUCCUAUGAUGUAACUUCAUUGUAUCAUAACUUUAAAAGCGAGAUAGAUUUAUUUUUCAUUGAAUCUAAGAAUGGAUAUAUAAUUUUAGGCUUUACUAUUUAAGAAGCUCCAAUUAUCAUUUAUUUCGUAGCUAUAAUAUUUGCUAGGUACAUAGCCAAGAACAUUUAGAAGUAGGAUAACGCUCUGAAAUACUUGACAGACAAGACAACAGAUUCUUUGAUGUAUUUUUUACUAAGCACACUUUAAUUGACCUGUACAAACAGUUUAUUAUGGUUGAGGGUGUUCUUCUUCAUUGUCACACUAGUUAUGCAGCAAUACAUUUUCACAGUUGUUUAAGUAAGAAUGAUAUGCAAUACAAUUCUAGAUAUCAAGUGCAAGUUUGAUUGGCAUACAGAAACAAAACUUUAGAACUUAGGGGUUGUCAUUCGGGUUGAUUUAAAUGUUUAUCAAUAUCUUCAAUAUUUGGGUGAUUAGUGUUUUGAGUUAAUUGCCUAAAAUAAAUUGUAAUUAUCGAUUUUAUGGAUAGCAACUGUAAAGUUGACCAUAAUUUAUGGAUUUGCCUUUUGUUAUUCGGUAAUUGGAAUAGUUUUAAGCAAAAUGCUGCAAUUUGUAAAACAGUUUAAUGAAGCAAUGAAAGAAGGGAAUUAAAAUUAGAAUUAGAAUUAAAUAAGAAAACAACUUUUAAUAAAAUGA